UACAGCACCUAAACUAUGUUACUGUUUCUUUAAGGAAAUGAACUUGAGGCUGAAGGAGGGUGUUCUGAUGGAAACUGUGUUAUCUAAGCAAUACAAUCCUUUUAUAACGUCUUGUGCAGAAACACAAAGUUCACUCUGAAACAUUUAACAGCCAGUACAGGUGGAACAGGUCUUAGGUGGUUACACUGAUCGCAAGGUAAGUGCAUUUAUUUGUUUUGUUGUUCAAUUGAUAUGGAUAUGGUUUGAGGGUGAAAAUGAAAAAAAUAUAUAUAUACAUUUUUAAUUGAUCCUUGGUCUUGAUUGUCAGGCAUAUAAACUAAUGAGGGCUAGAGGGCUGUCAAGGUAGACAAUGUUAACAUGCACAGAAUCUGAAGGUCUCCUAGAUUUUUAAGUAGACUAGGCUUCUUUAUGAAUAGUUUCAUAAUAUUGUCCUUGUGCUGAUUUCCUGCCUGUCCCGUGUCAUGUGACCCCAUACUGUAACAUGUCAGUCCUCAUGUCUCGGUGACUCUAAACAUGGUGUCUGGGAUCUAUCAGAUUUGCAUCACUUGUUUUUACAAAGUAAGAAGUUACAAAAGUAGAGAAGAGGGUUGAGGUUUAUCCUGUGGUCACAGAGACCCUUAUGGAUAAGCCUGUCCAAAUAGCUAAAGCAGGACUGUUCAGGGGCCAUGUAAUGUGAUGAGGUCAGUGCUGUGUGUCUGUGGGAGUUUAUCUGGUAGUACCAGAGAAGAGAGGCUGACUCCAGAUCAACAUGGUGAGUCAUGUAGUCUUUCUUAUCAGCAUAUCCUGCCAGUGAGUUCAAAGGUCAUGAGGUGCCAACCCUCCCUGCCUGUUCUCACUGGGGAGUAACUGCUGCAUGAAAACUGUUUGCUGAGGUCAUUGCCCUACGAAAUUAGGGCCCAGUGUAUGUAAAUCCACUCAGAGUAUAAAUUAAGUGGCUAAUCUACUUUUGUCUGUAAAUAAUAACUUUAAUAUUUACCAGAAUCAUGGUCACCCUUCUACAAAGAGCGCAGUUAUCCAAUUACUCAGGGCUAUCUGGUCACAUGACUCUGUUAAUCAUUCUCAUGCUCUGGCAGUGGGCAUGAUUGCUGGUUCCAAACACCUUUGGUGAUAAGAUAAGUCAUAUGUAUUAUCUGUGUAUUAGUUCUAGUGGAUCACAAUGACAAGUACCUGAAAAUGGCUUUGCUGCAUGUCAAAAUUGUUCAGCUGGAGAUUAAUCUAUUGCAAUUGAUGGGUUUUUUAAGUCUAUUUUGCGAGAAGACAGAAUAGUUCUUCCAGCAAUAAUUUGAUGAGUUUUCUUGCAAAGGGUUGGUUAGGCUAAACUGACAGUCUCCUGAACAUGGUAUUACCUGCUGCUGUGUUUAGUCAUGAUAAAACUAAGAGCUCUUUAUCAAUCCUGUUUGACAUUUAGGUGUCUUUGAAUGUGUGACUCGUUCUGGUAGACUAAGGUUCAAAGGUCAGUCAGGUCAGGCAAAUGGUUCCUUGAAACCCUGACCGAAUCCAGGUGUAGUAUGGAUAGAACUCUGUGUUUUACCAGCUAAUCUUUUUAUGUUUGUGUAGUGUAGGAAUGUCCAGAGUUAAAUAUUAAUCUACACUCUUUCCAAUCUUUCAUACAUGGAUGUCCAUUUUUCCUUAUAAUAAUAUGUCAAAACAUAUAAAACCACAUAAUUAGAUUUCUCUGGUGGCAAACCAAUGUAACAGCAACACCUCUUGGCCAUUUUGCAUUAGUGUGAAACAUCAUAUUAAAGCCCAACAAGAAGGCCAUGAGAAAAUAACUUGUCCGUACUGAACAAUGGAUGAAGCUUAGUGUAACUUGCAAGUGUAUCCUAGUCAAAGGAAAACAUUAUUAUUCACCAAAACGUUCAUGAAAGCCUAUAGGGGUUAUUGAUGAAAAUAGGACCAGGAAUCACCACAGCCUUUCUCUGUGUAGGCCUUUGCUGAAGUCACUUAUGUAUUAACAGUUAGACCUAUUUAUUUGAAUCCCAUUUUAAAAACCUGAUUCUGAAAAGAGGAGAGUAGCAUAGAGCAUGAAGUGAUAUUUAGCCUUUUUCAAUCUAUUGUUUUACUUGCUUUAAAUGAGCUAAAACACCCCUCUAGUAAAUGAACACAAUAUAUGUUUGGAUUAUACAGGGCUUUUACGUCAUUUCAGUUUAUUAACUAAUUCUGUAUUACAUUUCUUCUGCCGUUCUGGCCUAGUGAGACAACUGAAAUUAAUCAAGACGUAGAGGAAGCUGCAGGUCAGAGUCAGACACUCAGACCAGAGUCUGCACUACACAGCUGUGUGACCAUGAAGAAUGACCAGGACAUGGAUGAUCCUGGAAACAUGAGCAGCACAUCAACACAGCCCAAUGCAGGAUGCCUGUGAGCUCACACUGGACACAAACACAGCAGGCAGAUGUCUUUCUCUCUCUGAGGGGAACAGAAAGGUGACACAUGUGAAAAAGGAGCAUCCGUAUCCUGACCACCCAGAGAGAUUUGUCUUGUGGGAUCAGGUGUUGUGUAGAGAGGGACUGUCUGGACGCUGCUACUGGGAGGCUGAGUGGAGUGGGAGGGGGGCUUAUAUAGCUGUGGCGUACAGAAGCAUCCAGAGGAAAGGGGGGAGUGAUGACUGCCUGCUGGGACAUAAUGACAAGUCCUGGAGUCUGGAGUGCUCUCCUCACACAUACUCUGGCAGUUACUCUGCCAGACACAAUAAUGAAGACACAGACAUACCUGCCCCCUCCUCCGGCUCCAGAACAGUAGGAGUGUACCUGGACUGGCCGGCCGGCACUCUGUCCUUCUACAGCAUCGCCUCUGACACACUCACCCACCAGCACACGUUCUACUCCACAUUCACUGAGCCCCUCUAUCCUGGGUUUGGGGUUUGGCAUGACUCAUCAGUGUCCCUGUGCCAGAUCACAUGACCUCCCCAUGCUGCAGGAACACAGGAGUCACCCACUCCUAUUCA